UAUGUACUAUCUUGUGGCUGCUAAGAGGAGAUAGUUCCUGGCAUCUUCAUCGAAAAUAAAAGUCAAGUACAUAUCAACCUCAACUUGUGGACUUCAUUACUUCAUCAAAAUCAUUUAGCCACCUAUAACUAAGCAUAUGAGAAGGGCUGUAUUUCAUAAGAAGUUUGGAUCAAUUGAAAGGUUUUCAAAGUUUAUUAGCAACAAUUAACAAUAAUGGCAAAAGCAGGGGCCAAGAAGGAUGAAGAGGCAACGGCAGUAUCUAUAGAUACUGAAAGGGAAAGUAGAAAGGAUAGAGAAGAGGCAAACCAGGGUUGGAUAGAAAGAGAUGUUGAUUUUGUAAUGGUGAUAGUGACAUUCAUCGCAACGGUGGCAUUCCAAGCGGGGACGAAUCCACCGGGUGGCGUAUGGCAAGAGGACAAGAAAGUGAACGGCACCGACUAUAUAGCAGGGAAAUCAAUAAUGGGUACAAAAUCACCUUCUGAGUACAUAAAAUUCAUGGUGGGAGUGACAGUUUGUCUUGCAUUUUCAGUGAUACAGUUAAUUGUCAUGUUGUUCAACUGGUAUCUCAAAAGUUGGUCGAUUAGGAGGGCGAUUCUCUACAUGCUGAUGUUAUUAACAAUAACGCCGAUGGUUGUUGCCUUUUGGUCCUCUCUACUAGCUUUGACACCUGCAGAUCUGAUGACUGAGAUCAAAGCUGGCUUCUGGAGUGUUAUAGGAGUUUCUCUGAUCGUCCUCCCCUUUGUUCUACUUUACUACCUAACCAAGAAAUGUUUAUGACUUAUAUCCUUUUCCUAUGUUUUAUCUUGUAUUUCCUUCAUAAAAACUUCAAUGUAAUUUUCCUUCCUUUAAGUUUUUAGUCAAUAAACUUCAAUGUAAUUUGAUUUUUGGGUUUCAUAUUCAUCUCUCUCUCUCCUUUCUA